GCAUUCGCAGCGCAUUCUCUUGAUCCCCGAGCCAUCUCGUGUCCGGGACUCAUCUCAUCUAGCAGGACUAGAGAGUGUCCUGCUCUACUUCUUCCUCAUUCCCUCAGGCUAAGAGGCAGCUAGGAUCCAGAUGCUCCAGAUCCAGGAAUGAUCAGACCGCAGGAGGAGCACAGGGAAGCUUGGAGCCCCCCUGGACCCAUGACCCGGAAGUACCUGGGAGGGCCGAAGGGCCGGAAAUGAUGGCAGCCCUGCGAUCCCUGCUCUCCUAGCAACCAAACCGGCUUCUUAGCGACGCAAGGUGGCUCCCGCGUCCCUGGCCCCGCCAUGCCGGUGCGGGUGAGCGAGUUCAGCUGGCAGCAGACGCCCGCCGCGGUCUUCCUGUCGCUGCCUCUGCGCGGCGUGUGCGUGCGCGACGCCGAUGUGUUCUGCGGGGAAAGUUACCUGAAGGUCAACUUUCCCCCGUUUUUAUUUGAGGUGUUUCUCUAUGCUCCCAUAGAUGAUGGGAAUAGCAAGGCCAAGAUUGGGAAUGACAUGAUUCUCUUUACGUUGUAUAAAAAGGAGCCAGUUAUGUGGGAGACCCUUUCUAUGCCGGGUGUUGACAAAGAGACAAUGCAGAGAAUAAGGGAAAAAUCUAUUCUUCAAGCACAGGAGAAAGCAAAAGAGGCCACAGAAGCAAAAGCUACUGCCAAGCGGGAAGAUCAGAGAUACGCGCUAGGUGUGAUGAUGAAGAUUGAAGAAGAAGAGAGGAAAAAAAUAGAAGAUAUGAAAGAAAAUGAACGGAAGAAAGCAACUAGAGAAUUGGAAGCCUGGAAAGAAAGUCAAAGACAAGCUGAAAAGCAAAAGAGCAUCCCAAGGAAAGAGAAAUGCCAACGGGGAAAACAAGCUGAAGAGAGGGGAGCACCGAAGCCCCCGAGUUUGCCCAGGAAGGCCCCGUCUGCUGCUCGCCUCCCCCAAAGAGGGAGAAAUUGGGAAAACAUAUUUUCUGAGAAGUUAAAGGAAGACAGCGUUCCCGCACCACGGUCUGCUGGCAAUAUUCAAAUCAGCUUUACCCCUCGAGCAUUCCCAACUGCUCUUCGCGAAUCCCAAGUGGCAGAAGAGGAGGAGUGGCUGCAUAAACAAGCGGAGGCCCGGAGAGCCCUGAGCACUGAUCUUCCUGAAUUCUCUGACUUGAAAGAAGAAGAGAAGAAUCCAGACUGGUUGAAAGAAAAGGGGAACAAAUUGUUCGCAACAGAAAACUAUUUGGCAGCGGUUGAUGCAUAUAAUUUAGCCAUACGAUUAAACAGUAAGAUUCCAUUAUUGUAUCUGAAUCGGGCUGCUUGCCAUCUCAAACUAAGAAACUUACACAAGGCCAUUGAGGACUCUUCUAAGGCACUAGAAUUGUUGACACCCCCUGUUUCCGAUAAUGCCAAUGCGAGAAUGAAGGCACAUGUCCGACGAGGUACAGCGUUCUGUCAACUGGAAUUGUAUGUUGAAGGCUUGCAAGAUUAUGAAGCUGCACUUAAGAUCGACCCAUCCAACACAGUUAUACAAAAUGAUGCAGAGAAGAUUCGGAAUAUAAUUCAAGGGACAGCACUGAAGUCUCAUGACUAGCAGUUAGGUACAGGAGUCAGUUAGUGCUCUGCCACUGUGAAGAGCAAACUGCCGGAGACCCUCUGGAGAGGCAGUGCCUGAGGGAUCACCUCCAAAGAGAGAUCCCAGCACUGGGGGGCAGAGGCAGCUGGGCUCUGUGAGUUUGUUGCCAGCCUGCCCUACGUGCCGAGCUCCAGGUCACGAGCUCCUACACAGGGAGACCCUGUUUCAAAGCACAGAACCAAGCACAGAGAAUGGUUGGUUAUUCUAAUUCUUGGUCUUAGCACAGGACUUGGGCUUUGACGUUGCUGUCCUGAACUCUCCUUGCUGUUGGAAGCUCCUGGGGUUUCCAGGAUACUAUUGAGGAGUCAAUAGAAUAGAAUUUCCACAUUAAAGACUGUACUUAUAAAGUUUGUAUUAUUUUAAAUGUAGUAUUUCAUUCUGAAUGACUGGUUUUGGGAUACUUUAUAGACACUUUUUAAUCAUUUACAGAUACACAAAACCAUAAUUUUUCCUUAUACUAUUUGUUGUUUGAUAUUAGAUCAGCUAGAGUAUAGUGUUAUGUUGCAUACCAGCCCUGGAUCUGAUGGGCAAAAAGAUGUAGAAUUCCAGGCCAGCCUGGGCUACAUAGUGAGACUGUCUCAAGAAAAAGUGAAUAAAGGAUCAACAGCAAAAACAAACAGGACUAGAGAGAUGGCUCAAUGGUUAAGAAAACUGUAUACAUAACAAAUCUUUAAACAAAAACUCCAGCUUUUGGGAGGCAGAGGCAGGUAGAAUCUCUGUAAGUUGUGAGUUUGAGGCCAGCCUGGUCUACAGAGUGAGUUCCAGAAAAACUAGAACUGUUACACAGAGAAACCCUGUCUUGAAAAACAAACAAACAAAAAACAAAAGAAAA